AUGUCGGACAAGGAGUUCACCUACCAAGAUGUUGCCGAGCACAACACCAAGAAGGACCUGUUCCUGGUCAUCCACGACAAGGUCUACGACUGCGCAAAGUUUAUAGAUGAGCAUCCCGGUGGUGAGGAGGUCAUGUUGGAUGUUGCCGGACAAGACGCAACCGAGGCCUUUGAGGACGUCGGCCACAGCGACGAGGCGCGCGAGACACUGGACCAGCUCUACGCCGGCGUGCUGAAGAGACAGCCCGGAGACCCAACCCCCAAGGCUCCCAACCCCGGUGCCGUCACGCCUGCGACGACGGGCGAUGCCACCGGCCUCGGCAUCGGUGUGUACGCCAUCGUGCUCAUCGGUGGUGCCGCUGCCUACUUCGCCUACCAAUACCUCCAGGCAGCAGCAGCAGCAGGCGGCAGGCCAGGCUUAGAAGGAACACGAGCUGGAGUGGGUGCUGGCGGUGCAAGGGGGCUCUUGGGCACGAAAGGGGUUGCUGCCGGUUUCGUGCCAAUACUACAUGGGACAUGCUUCACUGGUGGUGUUACCUUACAUAUCCUCGCCUUGUUUCGAUUUGCCCCUGCAGGUAGACAGAAUCCAGCCUCGGCCUUGUUGACACUUCAACCUUUCCCCGAGGACUUUCUUCCAAGUCUGAGUUUAUCAGAGGCACUUUGGGGUCAGCUGACUAACAUGUGCCGAAGAGUGGUUUAA